AUGGCAGCCUCCAGCCGCGCACAAGUGUUAGAUCUUUACCGGGCGAUGCUGAGAGAGAGCAAGCGUUUCAGCGCCUACAAUUACAGAAUGUAUGCUGUCAGAAGGAUAAGAGAUGCCUUCAGAGAAAAUAAAAAUGUAAAGGAUCCUGUAGAAAUUCAGACUCUCGUGAACAAGGCCAGAAGAGACCUAGGAAUAAUUCGUCGACAGACCUCAGAUGCAGAAGUUGUCCACUGUCAGCUACUUUCAGAUAACCUUGGGGUACAAUCAAGAAGAAUAAUUGAAGCAGAAGAGGACAGUGCUGUUGGAAGUACACCCAAUGGCAACUGUGAAUGUGUGAAUGUAUAG